CGGAGGCCAUUCUUUGUCACUGCUCGAGUAGAUUAAAGAUAUGAUGUUAGUAAUUUCUUUUUAAAACAUAAUAAUGGAAGAAUGAAGACAGAUGGGCUUCGGGAAACUGUGCAAUGACUCGAAGUGAACCUUAUUUUAAAUUAACUUAUAAUCUGUGCUUUGAAAUUAAUAAAAAAACAGACAUUUCAGAUAAAAUACAUUAGCAAUGACACGAGGAUGAAAUUAAAUGUUGAUAAACUUUGUACUGGCUCAUUGAAACCGACGAUGUAUAUUUUAUGCUGUGAUAUUUAUUAAAAGUGACAGUAGAUCGUCGCUUCUUCUUUCGGGAAAUUACUCGUUUGCAAAACUCGUAAAAACAGGAAGGAAAGUGAUGAACAUGAGCAGAUCUGGACCAAACUUCCUGCUGUACAAACAAAGUGUAUGAGUCGCUUUGGAAAACUGUCAAGUCUCCUGUCUUUUCUCCCUUCCUUCGUUAUAUUGUGAGGAUCCUCGGAAAUAGGGAUUCCGCCAAUGAGCAGACUGGAAUAAAAAUGUCCUUGAAAACAUCGUCCUGUAUACGUAUCACCAUCCUUCUCUUGCUGUCAGGUGUACUGGGUUAUAAAGACUGGACAGUUACAUAUUUCAAAGUUACCUAUUAUGACCAACAAAUCUGUGCCUCCAAAGGAUCAUCAGUGAUAAUACCCUGCUCUUACCACUAUCCCACUGGUCAGAGAGUAAAAGAAACAUUUUGGACUAAUAAACGAAAGAGAAAUAAAGAUCCUGUGGACCUAAAACAGGACCAACAUUAUCACGAUCGUGUGACAUACCUAGGAGAUAAUUCUAAAAACUGCACCUUAAGAAUUGAAAAUGUUGAAAAGAGUGAUUCAGCAACAUAUUGGUUUAGGUUAGUUACACAUGGAGAAAAAUGGAUCGGUGAGCCUGGAGUCACACUGUCAGUGACAGAUCUACAGGUGGAAAAGAGUCAACAAUCUGGGGCAUCCCGAGUGACACUGACCUGUAAAAACACCUGUUCUCGAAAUGUCCGUAAUAUCUAUGUCUGGUAUAGAAAUGAGCAAUAUGUACCCAAUCAUUCUGACAAUGUUUUAGAAACUGAAGAAGAUGGAAUGUACUCAUGUGCUCUUAGACGAUUUUGGGAUGUAAAGGCUGCAUCAGUGAGGGUCUCUGUGGAACAUGCCCCAAAGAGCACUUCAGUAUCAGUGAGUCCCUCUGGAGACAUAGUGGAGGGCAGUUCAGUGACUCUGACCUGUAACAGCAGCAAAGCCAACCCAGCAGUGGACACAUACACGUGGUUUAAGAAUGGAGCUGAAAUCUCACAGAGAGGAUCAAUGCAGGAUUACGACAUCACUAACAUCACCUCUGAGGACAGCGGAGAGUACUAUUGUGUCGCAACAAAUACACGUGGAACUGGUACCUCUGGAGUAUAUACUGUAAAUGUUCUGUAUUCCCCAAAGAACACUUCAGUAUCAGUGAGUCCCUCUGGAGACAUAGUGGAGGGCAGUUCAGUGACUCUGACCUGCAACAGCAAAGCCAACCCAGCAGUGGACACAUACACGUGGUUUAAGAAUGGAGCUGAAAUCUCACAGAGAGGAUCAUGGCAGAAUUAUAACAUCAGUAUCAUCAGAUCUGAAGACAGUGGAGAGUAUCACUGUGAAGCAAGUAACAAAGUUGGAACUCAAAAGUCUAAUAAUGUAAUAUUCAACAUUCAUGGGAAGCAGGCAGCUGUCAUAGGGUCAGUUGGUGGAAUAACUGCUGUCGUGGUUCUUGGGGUUCUUAUUGUUGUUGUGUGGAGAAGCAGGGGAAAAUGGUCCAAAGCAACAAAAGAGAUAGGAAGCACACAGCAGGGAGAGCAGGAUGCAGCAAGCCCUGUGUAUGCCAAUGGCUCAGGAAUGCCCAUGAGACCCACUGAUCAACAGGAUUUGACACUAUACUCCACAGUUCAACCUAAUUCCAAGAGCAAUAAAGAUGUUCUGUAUUCCACGGUGCAGCAAGCAUACUCCCACAAUGAGGAUGAGCUUCAGUACUGCAGUGUUCAAUUUCCCGCUACCAGUACUGGCAGCAGGUCAGCAGUUCAACAGGUACAAGAUAAUUCUGUCAUCUACAGCACAGUUUCCAAAACAUAAGAAACAAGACUCCUUACAUAUCAGUUGACUUGACACAUUUCAUUGUUUUCAUCCAUAUUUUUGUACUCCAUUAUUGCAUCUA